AUGCAUCGAAGAACCGCCAUUCCUUCUGGUUCGGCACCAUCCUCUGGUGGAGUAUCAUCAUCAUCAUCGCUCCCCGGAAAACCGACUAGACGCCGCCGCCGAAACCAACAAAGUCUCUUUCGCCGACAUCAACAAGAAACUGUUAUGCUGUUGAUCCAAACUCUUUCGAUUCUCAUUCUAAUGUCCUGUGGCUUUGUGCUCGCACUAAAGGUCCUAUUUGGUUACAAUAUAAUGGCCAGUCGUAUUCCUAGCUACGGCAGCAGCAGCAGUGAACAACACUUGGGACAAAGGGUCUUUGCCAGCAACGAAGAACGCAUUGCGCACGAUUUUGUUCCAUUGGUACCUUCUCGGGUGUACGCCAUUCCGGAAAGCAUGCCUCACAUUGGUGACAAGUCGGAUGACUAUGCCACCUUGCGCAAAGAAUUUGAUUCCCUGCCAUUGCCAGAGAUUCCGCAGCGAUUCAAUUUUGACACCAUGGUCAUGGAGCACUCCAACAGCGAUCAAGUUGGCUACGACAUUUACGAUUGUCCGGCCACUCCGCCACCGGGAUAUCCGUUUGAUUGGAACAUGUUGCAGAUUCUAGAGAGUUGGCCACCAGAUGAUCCUGCUCCCAGAGCCAAGAUUUUUCAAGGAUUGUGUGUCUUUGAUUUUACCAAGGACCAUGACAAGGCCAUGAACUAUCGAACGGCCGAAGUACCCUUUGUGGUAGUCAAUGAUCCAGAAGUUAAGGCUGCUGUCAAACGAUGGAACGCUCCCAAUUACAUGGAACGCAUGUUGGGUGGUGUCAAGCAUCGAACGGAAUACUCGGAGAACAAUCAUUUCAUGUACUGGCAACCACCUCGCAAAAUUAUGAAAAAGAACAAGCAGGGCAAGCGACACUUCCAGUUUGCCAAGGGUCAAGAUCCAAUACCCAAGGACUGGCAGGAACCCACCAAAAUGAUGCGCAUGGCAUAUUUGCAAUGGUUGGAGCACGCCAAUGUGACCGACCUGGAAUUGGGCCCUGACAAGCCGCAUUGGUAUUAUCGAUUGAUUGGUUGUGGCGAAACUGGCACCAAGGGUGAAUGCGACAACGGAUCCUCCGAAUAUCUAUUUGAUGAACUGCCCUUUUUCCAACCCAAACCGGGAUUGUAUAUGGUCGAACACGACAAACAAAAGGGCAUCCAUUGUCGAUUUGGUAUGAAGGGUGUCAUUGCCGAGAAUCAUUUUGAUGGAUCCCGGAAUUCCAUUGUGGUCUUGGGAGGAGAACGUCGCUACAUUUUGGCCCAUCCCAAUCAAUGUCAAAAUUUGGCCUUAUUGCCAAAGGGGCAUCCAUCGGCCCGGCACUCGGCAGUGGAUUGGUCCGAUCCCGAUUUGGAAACCUAUCCACAGUUCCAAGAGGCACGAGGCAACGAAGUUGUCCUGCAAGCGGGGGACGUCCUAUAUUUGCCCACAAAUUGGUUCCACUACAUUAUCAGUCUCAGUCUCAACUUUCAAUGCAAUACGCGGUCGGGAAUUGAUGACAGGUACAUGAAACCAAUCCAUGAGUGUGGCUUUUAG